CGCGGCGGGACGAUUUGGCGCGGCGCCGCGGCGCACGGCGCUCCGGUCGAUCCGGCGCAGCGCGCGGACGCGGCGGCGGUAUCGCGCAUCGCAAAGAAGCUACGGAACCGCGCGUGCGAGCGGGGCGAGCGCGUGCGGCUGCUCGAGCUCGUGGACGAUGUCUGCUCGGCCCACGGCGUGCGGUCCCUCCGCGACCUCGGCCUCUCCGUGGCCGCGGUGGACGAGCUGCGGAGUCUGCGCCAGCUCGAGGGGCUCUUGGAGAUCCAAAUCUGCGCCUUCGUCGAGAGCCGCUUCAUCGCGACGCUCCACGACCUGAGCCACAAUCUCUGCGCGGCGCACGGCGUGCGCGCGUUCGAAGAUCUCCGCCUGGGCCCGAUCCUCAAGCAGCCGCUCGUGCAGAGGAAGUUCUACGCCGACGAGGCGCUGACGGCCGUGCCGGCGCUCGAGGUCGCCGACGUGGUGCGCGAGCUCGAGAAGUUCCGAUUCAAGAAACGGAGGGUCGACCUCGAGGAGUUCCUGAACUGGCUCGCCGCGAAGCGCGGCGUCGCGAGCCCGCGGUCGCUGUGCCUGACGAUGAGCAAGUACGCGAUCGGCACCACGAUCAAGUACGCCUCGCAAGCAGCGCGUGACGAGAAGGACUCGCGCGUCGCCGCGCUCAAGCAGCUCCGCGACGCGCGCCGCGACGAGUGGCGGGCGGCGCUGGGCGCCAAGGUCGAGGCGGGGAGUUCCGCGGCGCGCCUCGGCGCGCAGCUCUCGGACGCCGCGCGGCUCGCGGUCGUCGAAUACGGGGGCCUCGGCGCGACGGAGCCGUUCGGCAAAGUCGCCGGGAAGAUCGCGUCGGCGGUGGUCGCGGCGAAGAACGCCAAGAAGAAACUCUCGGUCGCGGCCGAGCUCGCGGCGUGUUACGUCGUCACGCUCGGCGAAAUCGACGUCGAGGCGACGCGCCUCGCCGUCGCCGAGGCGCAGGGACUCACGGACCACGACGUCGCGAACGAGGUCCGCGAGGCGGCGCGGGCCCUCGACGCCGAGGGCACGGUUUUCGACGCGCUCGCGGCCGCGGAGCGCGCGGCGGCCGAGCGGCUCCGGAUCCCGUCCUUCGAGGCGCUCCAGCGCGGCUCUUUUCUCGCGUUUGCCUCGCGCAACGCGGACGCCGUCGCCCCCCUCGCGGCGCGCUUCGCGGCGGCGGCGGGGGGCGUCGCGGCCGGCGUCCCCGACGACGGCGACGACGACGGCGACGGCGACGGCGGCGCGGACGACGGCUCCACCGCGGUCUCAGCGCUGGACGAGGCCUGCGAGCGCGCGCUCUCGCGCGGCCUCUCCGGGCUCGACGCGCUCGCCGCGGUCGAGGCGGCCGUGUCGACGGCGGCCCCGCGCGCCUGGGCGCCGGGCGGCUUCGCGCUCUGGCUCUCCGGCCUCGCCGACCGCGCGGGCGUCCGGGCCGUCGUCGCCGGCGCGGGCGGCGGCGGCCCGGCGCCGACGCGCGUCGCCGAGCGCGUCGCGGCCGCGGCGGACGCGCUCGGGGGCGACCUCGAUGCCGCGCGCCUCGCCCGGAAGCUCGGCGUGGCCGACCUCGCGGCGCUGGGCUGCGGCGCGGACGUCGCCGCGUUCGUGCGGCGCUGCUCCGAGGCCGCGCGGCCCGGCGCGCGCGGGCCCGUCGCGGACUACGUCGCCGCGCCGCGCGCGCGCGCGGCGCCGCCGGCGGACCCGGACCGCCUCGGCCGGGCGCUCGAGGCUGCGCCGCCGCUCGCGGACCUCGGCGCGCGGCUCCGCUGGCGCUUCCACGGCCGCGGCGACCUCGCGGAGUUCUGCGCCGCGCGGCGCGUCUCCGUCGUCGUCGCGGAGGACCGCGUCUACAAGCUCCUGGCGGAGCCGUCGCUGGACGGGCUGGGCGCGGCGUGCGCCCGCGGCGACGCGGCGGGCGCCGCCGCACACGUCGCGACGCUCGUCGUCAAGAAGUCGAGGGACGCCGCGGAGCUCCUGCGCGAGUGCCUCCGCGACGGCCUGCUGCGCCUCGGCGGCAGCGGCGGCGACGCCGUCGCGCUCGCCUGCGAGGUCAUCGCCGCCGCGCCGCCGCCGCUCCGCCCGCCCGUCGCCGACGCGCUCCUGCCCGCGCUCGAGGCCGCGCGGGGGAUCGCGCGGGCGACGGAGCGCGACCUGCUCGCGGUCGCGAAGCGCGCCGGCCUCGUCGACGCGCUCCGAGACCUCGCCGACCGGCUCCGGCCCGAGACGCGGGCGGCGCUGGGCGUCGAGGCCCUCGACGCCUCGCACGCGCUCCGCCUCGCCGCGGCGCUCGCCGACGCCGACGACCUCGGGGCGCCCGUCUUCCUCGAGUGGGCCGCGCUCCUCUACCGCGCGGCCGCGCCCGCGGGAGGCGUCUCGGCGGCCGACCGCGACCGCCUCCGGUCGCUCGCCGUCGUGCCGCUCGCCGGGGGCGGGCGCGGGGCCCCGGGGGCCGCGCCGAUCUACGUCGACCGCGGCGAGGGCGCCGAGCCCCUCGAGGGCUUCGCGGCCGUCCGGGCCGACCUCGCGGUCGUCGACCCGGCGGUGCUCGCGCCGUCGCUCGCGCGGCCCAUGGUCGUGAGCGUGCUGCGCUCGGCGGGCGUCAAGGACGCGACGGCCGAGGCCGUCUGCCUCGAGCACGUGCUCCCGGCGCUCGCCGCGGCCGACGCCGGAGAGGAUCGGAAGCGGCUCAACGCCCGGUGGCGCUUCGCGCGCGCCUACUUCCUGACGCUGCGGGGCUCGAAGCGCGACCGCCUGCUCGAGGCGCUCCGGGGCUGCGCGGUGCCGCACGGCGCCUUCGACGUGCUCCGCGAGCUCUCGACGCUCGCCCGGCGCCUCGAGUGGCGCUACGUGGCGCUGCACGAGCUCGCGACGUCGCGCGAGCAGGCCGCGGGGUGGCUCGACUUUCUCCGCCUCGUCGGCUGCGUCGAGUUCCCCAAGCCGGCGCCGCGGAUGCUCGAGCGCGACGCCUGGCCCGACGCCUGGGCCGCGGCGGCGCGGGACGUCUUUAGCGUGGGGGACGCGCGCGUCGUCGCGCACGACGUCCACAGCGAGGCGCUCGAGCGGCUCCUCGCAGAACUCGCGCGCGACGCGAAGCCCGCCAACGAGGCGGUGGUCCGGGCGCUCUGCGCCGCCGCGCGAUGGGCCGCGCCCAUGGCAAAAACGACGGCGACUCUCGCGCGCCCCGGCGCGCGGGAGGGGCCGGGGCUCGUGCCCAGCCAGGUGUCCCGCGAGCGGGCGAGCGUCCCGAGCUCGACGGCGACGCUCCUCGCCGAGACGCGAUGGGUGCCCGGCGCCGCCGGCGGGGCCACGCGCCUCUUCCGCCCGCGCGAGCUGUACUCGCCGCUCCUCGGCCUCUCCGAGCUCUACGGGCCGCGCGUGCCCGUGCCGACGGACGGCGUGCGCGACGCCGCGCGCGACAGCCCGAGACCGUACGCGGCGCUCGGCCUCCGGGACUCGUUCGGCGCGCGCGACGCGCUCCUGGUGCUCGAGACCUGGGCCGCGGAGGAGGGCCCGUUCGAGGCGACCGUCGCCCACUUCGAGAACCUGUACCGCCUGCUCUACCAAGAGCUCCAGCGGCGGGGCGGCGCCGCCGCCGCGAUCCGCGAGUUCUUCGCCCGCGGCAAGUGCACCUGGGUGCCGGACUACCGCUACGAGGCGGAGGCCGACGACGGCAAGCGCGCGGUCGUCCCGGGCGCGUUCUACGCGCUGAGCGACUGCGUCUGGGCGGACCACUCGCGAGUCAUCGACUCAUGUGUGCACCGGGGCCUCUCCGCCGCCGCGCCGCGCGUGCUCCAGCGGCACUACGGCUCGCUCCAGGGCUUCUUCUGCCGGAGGCUGUGCCCCGCGUGCUACGGCGACGGCCUCGGGAGCCGCGGCGCCGACGCCUGCCCGCGCUGCUACGACGACGGCGUCUCGUCGGGACGGCCCCGGGCGCUCGUCCCGACGGCGCACGACCUCGCGGGCCACAUCGCGAUCGCGGCGGCGCUGGCGGAGCUCGACGUGCCCCACGCGAGCGCGUGCGCCGACGUCGAGGCCGUGCUGCGCGUCGUCUCGUUCGCCAUCCUCGCGGGCCGCCUCUCCGAGCAGAACGUCGCGUUCCUCCCGCACCUGCUCCGCGGCAAGAAGGUGUGGCCGACGUCGUGCGGCGCCUUCGCCGCGGCGGAGGGCGAUCGCAUCCUGGUCAUCGACGACGACGAGGGCCUCCGCGAAACGCUCUUCGCGGACGCCGACGUCGCCGCCGCGAUCGCGGUCGUCGCGGCCCGCGCCGCGGCCCGCGAGCGCGUCGACCUCGCCGUGCUCGGCGUGCCCGCCGGCGGCGAGGCCGAGUGGCUCGCGGAGCGCCUGGGGGCCAUGCGCCUCGCCGGCGUCCCGGUCGACGCGACCGGCGGGGACCUCGCCGGCGCGUUCGACGCGCUCGCGGGGUCGACGCUUCCGCUGCUCGCGGCCGUCGGCGUGCGGCCGCUGUCGCAGCUCGUCGAGACGAAGACCUUCCACGAGGGCGUCCAGUUCUCCCGGCACGCGCUCCACGACGAGCUCGCCGCGCUCCUCCCGCGCGCGCAGCGCUGGCUCCGCUCCGAGCGCCGGGACCUCUACGACGCGCGCGGCGCCGCGUGGGCGUCGUUCGCGGCCGGGCUCCGGCCGCGCGUCUGCGACGCGCUGCACGUCGUCCACACGAUCCGCGGGCACGCCGUGCGCGUCGAGGUCCCGGCGUUCCUCAUCGGAGGCGACAGGCUGCUCUACGUCGCGCGUGGCGCGCUCGACGACGGCGACUGGGAUCCGGUGCUCCGCGCGGUCGCGGAGCACUUCGUCGGCCGCGGCGACGCCGCGACGACGCUCUCGGACGCCCUCGCCAUGACGCGGACCUACGGCGACAAGCACUUCGACCGGCGCGCC